AUGUCCGCAGCUGUCUCUAGUUGUGUAGCUCAGGGUACCUGGACCUCCGACAAUGCAAGUGACGUCAGCCGGUGUCUGACGUGCCGGCUGCGGCAGCGCAGCAGGGGAGCGCUCCUUGGCGACGAGGCGGGCUCUCGUCUUGUUGAAUUGGCAGGUCUUGAUAGCUGUGUUCAUGUACCUGAAGCAGCACUUACUAUCUCUUCAGUUCAGGCAAUGUUCCAGAAACUGACAGAGGCAAAUUUUGCAUCCUUUCAGGGCACACUGAACUGUGGCAAUUUGGGUUCCCGCAUUAUUCUCUCACCUGCCCCUCAGCCUUUCAACAAAGCUACUGAUUUUGAGUAUAUCAAAAGGAAUAUAUCAGAUACUAUUGAAGUAUGCGGAUUUAUUGAUGUUGCUGAUGUUGGAAGCCCUAUGGCUAUUUCACGUCAUCCGGUGCUACCUCAUGGUUCAGGGAAAUUGAAGGAAGCCGACGGUAUUUCCCCUGUCAUGAAGUCAGAAGGAGACUCUGAUGAUGAUUCAUGUGCAGAUGAAGCAAAAGUCGCCUCAUUUUGUGUACUACUUCAUGGUGCACUUAAAGGAGAAAACGUGGAUGCCUUGUCUCUUUUAGCCAAGGGCUGGUUUGGCUUUGUUUACUCUUGGGCUGACAGCAAGAAGAAAUCAAAUUUAAUGUUAACAGUGUUGGAAUCUGGAACGAAUGUUGUGCCAUGGCUGGGAAAUUUAAAUAACUUAGGUUCUUUGGAAGAUUUUCGCGCAGUGAUUGGUAAGGAAGAUCCGCCACAGCAGUUUCCAGUUCGUCCUCUAGAAAAAAGAAGUUACUCACAAAAUAGUGUGGUUUGGAUAAUGCAGGCAGGAUUAUAGUCUGAUAUACAAAAGAUCUUGCGGCAUGUUCGCAAUCUUCCAGACAAAACACAACAGCUUUAUAAGGAGUUAAAUAGGUUGAAAAGAGCUACAAUAUCAUUUGGAUUCAUUGAACUGCUGGAUGGUUCAGCAGCAAUAUUCGAGAGGGACUGCACUGUACUCCCUGGAGGUGCCCAUCCAGAUUGUGCACUACAACUUACACAUGCAGCGGGAGUUUUACGCAGGUCUUACUGCGGUGAUAUCAAGUUCAACGUGACACCUCGGUUAACAAAAUUCCAAAUUUGUGAAUUACUCUGCCUCUGUGAUAUGUGA